AUGGCUCGUACAAAGCAAACCGCUCGCAAAUCCACCGGCGGCAAGGCUCCAAGGAAGCAACUCGCCACCAAGGCUGCUAGGAAAUCUGCACCUACCACCGGUGGAGUCAAGAAGCCUCAUCGUUAUCGCCCUGGAACCGUCGCUCUUCGCGAGAUUCGUAAAUACCAGAAGAGCACUGAACUUUUGAUCCGAAAACUGCCAUUCCAGCGUCUUGUCCGUGAGAUUGCUCAAGAUUUCAAGACCGAUUUGAGAUUCCAGAGCCAUGCGGUUCUCGCACUUCAGGAAGCAGCAGAAGCUUAUCUUGUGGGUUUGUUUGAGGACACCAAUUUGUGUGCGAUUCAUGCUAAGAGAGUCACCAUUAUGCCAAAGGAUAUUCAACUUGCUCGCCGUAUCCGUGGUGAACGUGCUUAG